UUGGUCAGGUGUCUCCGUAUUCCCGUUUUUUCACUCGAUAAACAAAAGAAUGAACUCCAGUGAUGAAUAACAGCAUGAAAAAUUAAUUGGCUGGAGUAGUUGGGAAGUGAUCGCAAUUAAUUUCGGUAUUUUGGAAUUUUUUUUCAACUUUUUGGUGAAGUGGAGAGCUUUUCCGGUCUUCGACGCUCUGGUCUCCGGUUUGGAAUUCACCUGAACAGGUUAAGAGGUGAACAGGUAGCGGGACACGCGUCGCCAUGGGUUACGAGUGUUGUGGGGCUGUUGAUGUGUAGUGGAAUUUUUUUACUACUGCGUUUUUGGGGUUUCCGGUGGGAGGCUGAUGGAUACCGGAUUAUGAACUGGAGGCUGGCGAGGAUCCACUCGUGAUUUUACGAGGCGAUCCUAGAGGACUCGGAGAUGACGUCGAGGCCAGCAACUUGUGGGUCACGAUGUACAGGUAUAAUUCUCCUGCUCAUCAGUGUCUCCCUCGUCGAAGCCCAGCCGUCGUCCUUGGAUUCCCACUCCUCGACAUCAGGAAACAGCACAAUCUUACAUAAACCGAGACACGAAGGCAGCGUGCCUUCAUCAGCCUUGAACGAUGGUGAACGUAAACUGCCUUUCCAAUCUUCCCCGACUCCCUCCAGUGAAUGGAUUAACAAUUCACCAGCGCCCAGGAUCAACAAAGAGCAACAUUUGCCGAGUAAUCAAGACGCAGUGGAGACCUCCCCCACCCCCGACCUCCAGCCCCUCCCAGAUAUUGAUCCCGAGAGGGUGGCUAAGCCCGCCGAACCUCCCAAGAAGCACUUAAUCGAGAAGCUAAUUGCCGACUCUCAUACGCAAAUUGAAGAUAAGCCCGAGGUGUCCACAAACUCGAAACCAGUUCCACUACCGGAAUUCAACGAGAAAGAUGAAUACCCGGACAUCGACGAGACUGAGAGAUUCGGUGAGAAAGAGCCCACGACUCCAAAACCAAAAAAGGAUCAGGACGAGACGAUCUCCCUGAUCAACGACACAAACGUCAACUACAAAGGCGUGAAAAAGGAGCGCGUGGACGACGUGAUAACAAAAAACUCGAAGCUAACGCAAGAAAACGCGACGAACGUCAUCUCCCGGGAGUCUGACGUCGCGCCUAAACCGAAGGAUCCCAAGUCCCAGGUGGAGACCGUGAAGAACGUCACGUCGACAAAAGUAAUGAGAAUAAUCGGGCCCAAAGAGGUAGGCGAGAAGAACGACACUACAUCGCCAUCAAUCCUGCCUGAGCUUUCAAACAAACCGAUGAAGAAUAUCUCGGAUGAUAUUCAUGAAAACCUCCCCGAGGUCUACACCGACUCGCGGAAGCUCCCCUUCCCGGAAAACAAAACCCUAGGAGAAAACACUGCGGAUACAAACGAGCGAAGUUCCUCCCCAAGGGGUCGUACAAUAUCAUUCAAUAACAGCAAUCAAUUCAGUAAUGCCGAGGGGAAAGGAGGCGGCUCGACAAAGGAGAGCGCUGAGCUCGGAUUCACAAAAGACUCAAGACCGUACCCCUACUUGAAAAGUAGUCCAACUAAUCCUAUGAAUACGAGUAGAGCUAGGGUUUCAACCGAGGAGAUAUCACCUUUGGAGAACACAAUCGGAAGAAGCCCUGACGACAAGAAGUUAGUGGUAACAGAGCCCUCUGUUGUGAUUGAUAACAGCAUUCAGCAGAUAAAACCGACGUACUACAAGAGAUCUGGAAAUUUCUCGCGGCCGAGUGACGCUGACGGCCCGACGUCUCCGGUGACGUCUUCAGUGGCUCUGAAGACAUCGGAAACCACCGAGAGUUCCAACCUGACAGCCUCAGCUGUCUUAGAAAGCACUAGAGAUCCGCGGGAAGAAAUACUCGAGAAAAAAAACACUCUAGACGAGAAUGUCACAGAUGUCAAGAAAAAUACGACCGAGUCGCAGGAAUCCAGAGCCACUGAAGCGAAUUUGGUACAAAAUACAACGGAAACGCCGGAGGCGUCUGUCGAGACUGCGACAAGGCUCGUUCAGACAAGUAUUACAGACCCAGUGCUCAUGUCGUCUCCCUUAAACGUCACCGAGGGCUCCACCAGAUCAUCGCCAACAACCCUCGAACCUAAUCCCCAAGGAUCCUCACCAAAACCGGAGUCCUCAUCCCCGACAACUGCAGUCGAAGAAACUUUAGAUACAACUGUCGAGGAACUUGGCACAACUACUCUGAUCCCCGAGACAGUUUCGUCAGUAACUUUGGUAACAGAGAGAUUACCAGCUAAGACUGAAUCGACAAAUUUCGGCGGUCGAGGAAUUGACUCGGAGUCAACAACUUCGGGGGUUGAAUACGAGUUCGUUGGUCUCACUGAGACUACAUCCGUGAGUUAUGUGGCUAGUUCAGAGGGAAUGGGGACAGAUGUCACGGAGUUUGCUUCUAGUUUGGGGGGAGUUUCUUCGACUGCCUCGACUGCCUCGAUUGAUUCGACGAGUUCAAUUAUGCAGGACUCAACGAAUUCUGAGAAUGUCACUGCUACUUCGAUGAGAGAAGACGACGGAUCGACAACAGAUCCGACGACUGAAGUGAUCACUAUAACGGGUGAGGUAUUGGAUACAACCAUUCAUACGACGAGUGUCGACAUUUCUGAGACCGAGGGAACUACCGAUAUCCCCGAGGAGACAACCUCCGUUGACAUUAGAACGCAGAGCGAAUCGGGGGAUUCCCCGGAUUCGAUGGAUUCUUCGACUCAGAGUAACACAGUUGCGGGGAAAGUUAAUAAUUCAGAUGUUGGGGAAUUCUCAACUGGGCCAUCCACAUUUUCGUCGGUUACUGAGACGGAGACGUCUGGGGAUUCCACGACUGUUGGAAAUACUGAGGGGGGCGGCAGGGGGAUGAGCGAACAGCCGUUCGCCCCGGAGGAUGUCAAUCUUCUUGUGAGAAUUGUCGUUGAGGGCACUUGGAACGAAGUGUGCCCACACUUGCCUGCCCUCAGGCAGUCACUCGCCGAUCUGUUGACUGCUGGAAUAGAAAAAACUGUCGCAGCCGCCCAAAUAAUUUUCCAAAAGAAUCCGUGUACUGAUGGAAACCCACCGCAGUAUUCAGCAGAAUUAGCCCUUCCAACUUUAUACCUGUACGUUGUCGACCAAAAUGGAAACUUCGACACGGCAAUGACGAAAAUUCUCCCCAGUCUCUACAGCAGGACCUCUAUAAAGUCCCAACUGAAUAUCCGGAGUUUCCAGUUGGUUCAAGACACAGAUUCUGGAAACGCGAUAGCCGUGGUUGUGGUUUCCUGUGUGGCUUUCAUUUGUCUCGUCCUCUUGGCUGGCCUUCUAUUCAUAAUGCGGAAACGGCAAACGAGGUUCAACUACGGUGAGAGAUGUCGACCCGUCUCGUUGGAUGCAUUCAGCCUCGACAGUGUAUCGGCGUACAACAGUGUGAGGCGAAAAGGCGCCAACAGAGCAUCAAAGCGCAGUUAUGGAAAUCCAACUUUUGAGGAUUCGACUGCUGUUCCAUCCCACCCCUUGAACUUCUCGGGUCUCUCGACCUUCUGCAACGAGCAGAGCGCAAUCUACGAGGAAUACUCCGGUAUUCCCCAGGUAUCAGCUAGAAUAGACGAGCUGCCCACCGGGGCGGAGGUGAAAAACCGUUUCGCGAACGUGGUGCCCCUCCCCGAGACUCGCGUUCCCCUAGCAAAGAUCAACAAUGACCCCUUGUCGGAGUACAUCAACGCAAGCUACGUGAGGGGCCCGAAAAACGCGACCAAGUACUACAUUGCUUGCCAGGCACCCAUCGAGUCCACUGUCACAGACUUCUGGAGAAUGAUCUGGGAGCAGCAGUCAAAGGUCAUCAUAAUGCUGACUGAUCUCAUUGAGAAUGGAGUGGAGAAGUGCGCCGAGUACAUUCCACCCUCGGAAGUCACUGAUUGUCACAGACUCUUUGGGGAUUACCAAGUCACUCUGAAGAAACGUGAGACCAAAGAAAAAUAUGCCAUUUCCACACUUCAUCUCAAGAAUUUGGAGAACAAUACCUACAGAGAAAUAUCCCAUAUCUGGUACCUUUGGCCCGCGAAUGGCGUGCAGACAGACGCGGCUGGAUUAAUAGCAGUCCUGUUGGAAGCCCGAGCCCUCCAAAGGGGUGGCCCAGUGCCAAUAGUCGUUCACUGCAGUCCUGGGACAGGCAGAACAGGCACCCUAAUUGCCCUGGACCUUGGCAUAAGGCAGUACGAAAUUACGAGAACAGUUGACGUCCCGAGGGUCGUCUACACCAUCAGGCGAGAUAGAGCUGGGGCUGUUCAAACGAAGGAGCAAUAUGCAUUCAUAUACAAGGCUUUGAACCUCUAUGCGACGAAACUCGCUGGUGGGGGAAUUGAGUCCACCUGAUAUUUGAUGAAAUUGGGAGCGAGGAGAGCCGAGGGCUUGGGCUAGGCAACGAUCUAAGUCAAUACUAGAUAACGAAUUAAAUAAGCUGAUUGAAGGUUGCAAUCCGGUGGGAACUUCACUGAAGGGCGAAAUGUUGGACAACUAUUUUGGGUGUACACUCAUAGAGCAAGCCAAAUUGUUAGAAGUACCGUCAACUAUCUGUGACAAUUUGAUAUUUUAAUGAUAGGACUUAAAAUUGUAAGUGAUUGUAAGGAUCGAUAGUGGAGUUCUGGAGAACUGGAGACCAGUCAAAAAUAUUUUAUCUAGAUAAAUAAACAAUUUAGAAUUUAUUGAUGUACAAAUGAGAAGAAAAUCACGGAGUUUAUUUCGCGCUUUAGAAAAAAAUCAAAAGAUCUUUUUAUAGUUCAGAAAAUUUCCUGCAAAAAGACCAAAUUCUGCUGAGGCAGUACUAAUAACCGAAUUGUUCUAUCAAUUAACAUUUCGUCAAUUCAUUUCGAUGAAAAAAUGUCAGAAAAUAAUAUCCGGCCUUUUUUAUGAACAAUUUUAUGAAAAUCAGAGAAAGUUUCUCAAUAUUUUUUUGUAAACGUCAAAAAUAUUUCCAAAAUAUGCACAUUUACUUUUUCUGGACUCAUUUCCUAUUCUGCAGCACUCCACUCCUGAAACGUUCUUUAUCUUUAUGCGGAGUAUAAAAAUACGGUAGCAUCGAUUAUAUUCUAUCCAAACACGUGAGAUUAUAACAGUAUAAAAAUAACUGGACAUACGGAAAUAUCAUCGACAUGAAAAAAAAGACGAAUCUAAAGUGAAAAAAGUGAUUUUACGCAAUUACUACUUGUUUAACUAUAUUAUUGUUAUUGUUACUGUACAAAAUAUCAUUUCGAUUGAACAACGGCUCUCUAUUUAUGUACAUAAAAUCUACUGUGUAUUGAUUUUUACAUUUAAUUAUGGAAUUAAAAACUGUUUUGUUAAUUUUCCUGGUGAAAACACACAAAUUGUGCAAUUAACGAUGUAACAGGGUGUGUUGGGAGAAUGGGGGCCCGCCCCUAUUUCCCAGGCAGAAGUAAUAUAAUAUACAAUUUCAAUGUGAUGAAAUACUUUAAUAUAGAGGAACAAAUAUAAUAUAUUCCAUAUACUCAUUUUAUAGGAAACAUUCGGCACUGAUGAUGUUCAGUAUUCGAACGUGAAUUAAUGAUAAACCUCCAUACGUAAGAGAAGAAGUUGAGAAAUUAUAAAUACCCUAGAGGAUUGCCAAAAUGUCGAUAACAGAGGACAAUUCUGUGGGGAAGUGAUGAAACGUUGAUGUGAAUUUUUCUUUUUGACCCUCUAUUAAUACCUCGAAAACUCCCUUUCCAAUUUUUUUCCAAAGUGUUUUUUUUUCAUUUUCUCCCAAUGCCACUCGUCAAACUUCAUCAUUUCCCUCCGGAAUUGCGACAAUUAAUUGAUGAACGCAUGUGUCUACAUGUCAAAUAAAUGUAUCUAUGUAUAUAUGUAUGUAAACGAUGACAAUUACUGAAAUACGCACACGAGCGAUAAUUAAAAUUGAAUUAAUGUGUCAAAAAAGAGA